UGGUGGUUGAAUGAAACCCUAGACCACCCGCUUCCCGCAGCCACCGCGGCGAUGGCUUACCUGUUGAGCUCUGCAUCUUUCCUGGCCUCGGCCUUCGUGUCUAAUGCCCUGCAUUUAUUUUCCCGGUCCAUCCGCGCCAGCCCUUUACUCCAUCGGGCGGUUAAGGUAUUGGACCGGGGCAAGCCGAAGAUCCGCCGAUGCUCCGACGCUGAAUAA